UCAAUGCGAACAGAACGUGGCUGGGAAUUUCGAAAGAUUUUCACUCAACUUUCCUCUGUGUUGGUAGAUUGGCUAAGAACGGAAGUGGCAGUGAAGGUGGCCGAGAGUGGCAGCAGUGUAAUUGAGAGCAGCGGCGAAGGCGAAAUGCCAAAAAUAUACGAAAUUAAAUGAAAGAGUAAAAACCAACAACAGCAACUACAAGCAACAAUAUAAGCGAGCGUCAAACGAGACCGGCAAAAUAUAACGGUGAAAGUGAAGCAAACAAGUUUGUGUGUUGUUUGCUGUGUGUGUGUGUGUUUAUUUCCGUGCAAGUGAACGUAAUACAAUUGGCAAAUAACAAAGUUUGCGCCAAGUUUUGGCUUUAUUCGUUUUAAUUUCGUUUUGUUUGUGUGGCAGGCGAAAAAGGAUACAAUCUCGAUCAAAUUUAGCCGAAAGUAAUACAAUGAAAUUAGGAUCUGUGUAUGUAUGCCAACAAAUAAAUGUAACAAAUAGACAAAGGAAUUUAUGAAAGAAGGCGAAUUGGUGAAUUUGUCGACACAAACAAUAGCAAAGCGUGCCACAAAAGCCAUAGUGAGGCAGUGAGGCACAACCAGUUUGAAAGCAACAAAAUCACCGCCAAUCGGCUUAAUGGUUUGGUGGCAAUAUUGUUGUUGGUGUAGUGGUACAUAAGCAACUUGUAUGUUUACCAAAAAUAUAUAUGUGAAAGAAAUACUGUUAUUUCCAAUACAUAAAUCGAUUUUAGUUUGCACUUUACACCACACUCCCGUGCUCAUGACAUUAAUUUGCAACUGCAGCUCAACUAAUUAUGAAAUUAAUCCCGCAUGCCAGCGGCCGCAUAAAUAAAUAAUUGCUGGCGACAACAAUACUGCUCCUCGUGCAGGCUCAGAAUCUGGAUGGAAAUACCCUAAAAUAAUGAGAAUUAUAUGAAUUCAUCUAGCGUCAAAAUUACUGUGAACUAUGUAAAACCUGCUGACAAUUAUAUGAAGAACCAAAUGACCUACAAACUUCCAUCAUUUGCGUGGUAGGACAGGGCGUAUACGUAACAUUAAGUAUGCUGCUAUGCUGAGCUGCAAAGCGAUAAACCGCAGGCAAACAGACAAGUAAGCAGCUUCAAAUUGCAGAGGCAUGUCAUAGAGCAGAACAAUCAAAAUAAAACAGAAAUUCAAACGAGAAUUGAAGCGAAUUAAAGGCGCAUACAAAGCAACGCACGUACAGUUACAUAAAACUAACGGCAUUUUUGCGGCGUAUGACUCAUGCUAAAAACCGCUAGUGCUCACCAAAUCACAACAGCAACACUAUUUACAACAGCGUUAUGCAAAUGCAACUACAACAUUCACACAAAACCUAUUAGUGGCUGCGAAAGGUGUGUGAAACACGCGCGUGCUGCAGCCGUAGUGCCGUUAUUAUUGCAUAAUAUCCGCACCAACGACAGCAAGGACACAAAAAAAAAAACAAAAAGAAAAACGAACAGUAAAAGUAACAACAACAAAUUUUUGAGCAAAAUAUGAAAAUGAAAGCCAAACAUAAAACGUGUGUUGUGGCGGCGGCGACCGGCGUUGGUGUUGGCGUCGGCGCUGGUGAGAAAAUGAAAUCGGUGAUAUUGUAUCCAUAUGGACCGCUAACGGGGACAGGAUGUUGUCGCAUGCUACAUGCGAAAAAUUUGGCGUUAACAAGCGCGAUUUACACAAUUAAUAUGUCACUCCUGAUUGUUUUGAUUUACUCCUGGCGGAUAAAUGUGAAUAUGCGCAAGGUGGAAUCGUUGGAGGAUGUCUACUAUGGUGUUCAAAUAGCCUAUUUCGCCAUUAUCGGCACACAAAUGUCCAUGAUAGUGCUGAGCGUGAUGUUAAUAUUCGGAAUUUAUAAGGAGAACCCCGGUCUCAUAGUGCCAUGGAUAAUUGGCUACAUCACGUUUAUGGCGCUGGAAGCGGUGGCCAUGGUCUACUCCAAUGUUUUACGAGACCAUGUAAAUAAGCAAUUCGAUGCAAUGUGCAAAGCGGAAGUGGCCUUCUUCAUACUUCGUGCAGUGAUUAAUGUACUCGCCAUGUGGGGUGUUUUGCGAUUCUACAACUUGGUACGUUCAGGCAUCACAUGGAAGGGCCCCGAGGUAAUUGAACUAAGAUAUAACGGCAACGACUCUCACCAAGUCGAAACACGCUUACCAAGUAGUCACACAUAUCACCUCUCCUCCCAUUACCAAUCGCAGGCAAAAACCACUGCGUCGGCAGCAGCGACGACGGCAUAUCAUCACUGUAACGGCGGCAGCGGCAGCGACAGCAAACAACGUCGCCUCAACUACGUGCCCGAUGUGCAGCGCAAACCGACCGGCUGUUGCUUCUUCGACUUCGACGAUUACGAUGAGGAUGACGAUGACGAGGAACUGGAGUGCGGCGAUGAUGAUUACGAUUAUGACGACUACUACUAUGACGAUGACGAUGAGGAUAGUUCCGAUUGCACGAUGCUCGGCGCCAUAUCAAUGCAUCAGAAACGUCAGUGCCACCGCACACUGCGACCGUCACACCUACACGUGCACACGCACUCAUCGCGACCGCGCAACAACAACAUACGCACUGUGUUGAUCAACAAACGGCAUCACAAGUACAAAAUCGCACAGCCGCAGACACGACUCGAGGUGAUCAACGAGUCGGAGCGUAGCGCGGGCAGUGGCAGUGACGAAAACGAUUCGUUGCUGGUCGCUUAUGAUAGCACAUCGUCGCUGGCGUCGGUUUGACAUUGGCCGGCGUGCGGUUGUAGUUGCUUUGGAAAUGCGCGAAAGAACGAUGGAAGCGGCAGCGGCGAUAAUGAAGCGGCAACCGCGACAGCCGACGGCGAAGCGGCCGAAUUGCAGCAAUUACAGUUGCAAAUUUGGCAGCAGCAAUGGCUACGACGUCAGCAGCGACGUCAACGCAAGUGGCAACGCAAGCUUCAGCGUCAGCGUCGAUGUCCAUUACGACGAGUCAACAGCGCUGUGAAUAUAGCGAUAAUGGUGCUGCUGGUUGUAGUCGAGAUAUACGCACAAGUUUCGGUACUUUUGUAGAGAGUUUUGCGCAUUCAUUGUUUUACGUGUUUGAAAAUUUGUGAGCUUCCAUUUGGUCAUGAUGCACGCAUUUGUGGUCAUAGAUUACCCAGUAAUUACCAAUCUUCGAUCGAGAUUAAUAAGUUUUGCAAAAGUAAACCUCGCAUUAGCUUUGAGUUAUCACUGUUCCCUGUUUCUGCCGCUGCUUUACUAAAACGGUACAUUUGUUCAAGUUGCGAUCAAGGAAUAUCAAAUUGUUCCAUCUUACCGCUCGUAUCCCUAUCCGUUCGAGCGAUCCAAAUAUUUUAUAUCUUCGGUAUUAAAUCUGGAUGAGUGUAUGGAAAAUUGUAUACUUCUUUCCUUUUACUAUUUUGGUUGGUGGAAGCUAAGCCAUCAUUGAGCUCAUAGUGCUCCCAAGAGAUACCCAAGCACUAUUUAGUAACUUAGUAGAUUCGAUGAAACUGCUAAGCAUUUUCCGCGCUCGAUGUCACAUCAAUAUGCUCUACAUUCUGCCGUUCACCAUUUUCGAAAGCUCUAACUUCGAAAAUAUUUUCAUUGGAUUAAUCGACCGUUUUAAUAUGUGCUUUAUAAAGAUGAAAAGGUGUUUGGUACACUGAACACCAAAUCUUCAAGCAAGACUUGUCUUAAUUUUCUACUCAUCAUGACAUUUCAGUUUGUUGGCUAAAUUUUUUUUACCCAACUGAAGUUCCGUUCAGAAAGCUUAUUUCUCGUCAUCUGAAGCUUAAUCCAUGUUGGGCCUUUCGAAUGUUACUUUCAUGAUUGCAAGGCAUUUUGAAAAUGUUUUUGUAAGCUCACAUGACUUUUCUGUUAUUAACGGUUUUUUGACAAAUUUUGUUUGGCUAUUUAUUUAUUGCUUAAUCUGAAAACAUCUGCUAAUGAUGGAAAUUUUAGAUAAAAAACAGCCUUUUAGACCACACUUCUCUUCAAAAUAGAUCAUAAAAAAUCCUUCCCGCCAACAAGGCCAAUAAUUGAGCAUUCGCAAACUUUAUUAUUUUACCGAUACGUCUCCCAUCUGUGGUCUCAACAUACAUAUUUUAGAGAACUUCAUUUCGAGUCAUUCAAAUUGAUCUCCCUGAUUUAAAUCAAAAAUUGAUAUAAAUGACAUCACAAUUGGUUAUACUAUUGGAUAGUCGAAAAGUCUUUUCGUAUUUCUAAUCAAAUUUUAACUUAUUUUUUUAUAUUUAUUGUAAAUCGGAAUUUGGAAAUUUCCAGAACGGAAGAAAGCGAACCAUUAUUGUGCUACACGAACUGUUACAGCAUCGUCUCCGAAAACCUUACAAAGUUCAUUGAUGGCUUGCUUGGUAUCCUUCCUUUUUUUAUACAAAAAUUUCAAAAUUUUUCGUCAUUAUUUUCACUCAUUUUUGAACAGCUCUAACUUUUUUCUAACUUCUCCGAAUUUAGCUUAAAAUCUCACCUUUCCAAUACUAUAUGGUAUAGCACAAUGGGAUUGGUAGCACUGGAGAUAUAUGACUGUAACGACAUCUAUUAACAAAAUACGAAAAUACUUUGUAGACUACCCAAUAUAUCCUCAACGAGGCCCUCACAUAGCGUAGCUUUCAGUUAAAGUAAAGUCUAAGCCAAAUCAUUUCAAAUACUUUUCUCCUACUUUUCUUAAAUAAUUUAUUUUCUAACUAUUGUUACACUUCAUAACUAGAAUAAAGAUAAGCUAGGCGCUAUUGACAUUAUGGCAAACUUUUACGUACUUCCGUUGCGAGCUUUUCGGAUUUCCUUCACAACUUUAAUGGCUUUAGUUGGCAUUAGUUCCACGCCACACCACAGGACUGCGCACAGUUAUACAAACACAUUAUUUGCUAAAUCCACAAAUAGUAAAUUUGUAAUGGAGGGAUGAGUUAAGAGGGAUCUUAUUUUAACAGUUUACUGUAAAUAUGGAGCAAAAUUCAGCUAAACACGCACAAAAGCAAUCUUCUGGUGAACUUCAUUUUACACUUCCAUUUUUAUUUUUAUUAAAUCAGUUUUGUUUUAAAUAUGUAUAUUUGAAAGUAAAAGUGGAAAUAAAUUAAAUAUUUCAGUAGUAAGCUCAAACACAGCAGGAAUUAUAUCGUAAGCAAGUAAAAUAUUUUUUCUCACAAUCACCAAUGGGACCAUAGCUUGAAACUGUCGAAACUGCAAUGCAGAAGUCACCAACUUCAAAGCAUUGUUCUCGAAGUCUUGAUUCAUUUUUAAGGCACUUUCGGUUCAAAGUAGUCAAAUGUCCUGUACGACCCCUCCAUGUAAUAUUUAAAGUGCUCUGAUCAUGGGCACUAAACUAUGAAAUUUAUGGAGAAAAAAACCACUAAAUAAGGAAAAGAAUGCAGUUAUUCAAGCAUAAGAAGUUUUUAGAAUAAUGCGUCAUAUUUGUGUCAGAAUAUCUGGAUAUAUCUUUUCAACAAUUGCACUCUUUAUCAAAAAUGUUCUUUAAGGACUUAAGGAUGUGAUUUAGGAAAAGUGCCUGAGAUCGUCAAAAAAGAUCAGAAACGAAGCAACAGGGAACUGAGAAAACUGAAGAAAUACACGCUUUCUUUCUGAGAAACAAUGUUAUUGCCUAUAUUAAUACAUAUAAAGCCCGUUUCGUCAAAAUUUUACGUAUGUGUCGGAUAUACGGACUAUAAGUCCCGCGAACUUAACCAUAGUUAGCUAGCAACUAACGAUUUUUCAACUUUAAUCUCAGCUAUUGACCUUUCGCAAAUCUCUUUCCCCCUCUCCAACUUACAUUAUUCAAAUUUCCAUUAAAGGGUUUGGCUUUGGAACUAAUUAAUAUGCAAAAGCCGCCUACACGAAAUUCUGGUAUUAACCAGCGAGCAAGAGGCCAAAAGACCAACUCUUGAAACACCAGUUAUGUUGUUGGUAGCGAGUUUAUUUGGCAUAUUCUUAUAUCCUGCUGUGUGGUUAAUGCUUGUAAGAGCGAAAACCAGCGCGUUUAAUUGCUGAUAUUCGACAGUGUUGCAUGAAUUCCAAUGAGCCAUGUGAUGAGGCCAGCGGAUUGGUGUGUUCAAAAAACUUUCAGCUUUAGCUGCUUACCCUUGUUGGACUGAACUGAGCCAAAUUUCGCAUCAAGAAUGGUGAUUACGAGCAGAUUGCUUUUAUGGCUCUAUACUAGCGCACCAAAGCUUGAAUGUAAUCUAUGAAAUCGUGUAAAACAAAGCGAGUGUGCCGGGAGUCGCAUUGCCAGAAUACUUAUUGUUUAAGCAUUAUUAUACCGUUAUGUGUUGUUGACGCCAAACAAAGAAAAAACCGAGAGAGUUAUCAAACAAAGCUUAUAAGAUUUGUAUACAACAUAGUUUCUAGAUUAAGACACGAUAAAUAAAUAUAUAUACAUACAUACAUACAUUAAUGUCGCAGGACAAUAGCAGUAAAACAAAUAAGCAUUGACACCAUCAAAUAGUUGUAAUUGUAGCUUAUGUAAUUUAUAGCUGUACUUGCAUGUACAUAUGUAUAUACAAUGUUAUAUAUAGAUAUAUGUAUAAUAAAUAUGGUUCAAAGCAUAUAACAGAUGUUAAGCGGGUUAGAGUGGGUAACAAAUAAUUGAAGAUACUCUUACGUACUCGAAAUCUAAAUUUAGUUAGCUCCCAUUAGCAAAACUAAGUAAAAAGCGAGUUAAGUUACUGUGAUUUCAUUUUAUAUAAUUAUUAAACUGUGUUUAGCGGUCAAAACGUGUUCCGCGGCUAAAUUUAAUUUUCAAAAGAGUCACGUUCAUCAUUUUGAAUUACUUCACUGUCUAAAGCCUUUAUCGAAGAGCUUCAUAAGCAUUCAUCAUAAAUAUUUACAUAUAAAAAUAGCUCCAAUUUUUCAAAUAAAGGAAGUGUACUUUUAGCUGGUUGAAAUUAAAAACAACGAUUUUUUCAGAUUUCGUUAGGAUAUAACCUUAACAAUGACAUACUUAAUAAACGAUAUCCCAAACAAUUUUUUAGUUACAGCGUUCUAUAGUGUAGUCGCUCUGCUCAAUCAUUUUUAAACAGCCUCUUCUCAAAAUUGCAUUUUUCAAAUUUGCUUGAGUGAUUACUCGGAGACAAAUGACACGAUCAUUACCCCUUUAUUAGGUUGAUUCGGAUUUUUGAUCAGAAAAAUAUAAGAGCAUUUUUCCAGCCUGUAACAAGAAUCUUUCGAAUAUCUCUACUACCAAAAUGCUUCUUAUGAAAUCCGUUCUCCGCAUGGAGUCGGAAGUUUACAAGUUGUAGAAUAACAUAUGUACAAGCUUUGCCCACAUGAAGCAGGAGCAGCCAAGCCCAAGAACUCACAUGCAGAAAAUAUGCACAUAGAAUGCUUGUACAAAAAUAACCUUCCGAUGUUUUUUGGCUGUAAUUUUUUGAAAAAUGAAAAACUUUGAUUCUGCUUGUGAAUUAUUUUUAUUUGGUCUUUUAAAUUUUUUUUACAUCAAGUCGAGAAUAUGAUAUCAUGUAAAUGGCCGCCGCCACAGUUGAUUGUCAUUUGAGCCCUUUUUAUGGCAUUUUCCAUCACUUUGGCCAGAACUUCCGGCGAUAGGUCCUCACAUUCUUGACGUAUAUUGUUUUUAAGAGCUGCAAGAGUCUGAGGCUUGUUGACAUAAGCCCGCUUCUUCAAAAAACCCCACAAAAUGAAGUAUGGAGCGGUCAAAUCAGGCGAUCUUGUUGACCAGUGCAAAUCGCCAAAACGGGAGAUUAGCCGCUGUUGGAACCACAUGUUUUGCAAUCCCAAUUCAUCAACUUGCGCCAAAAAAACUCGAUGAUCAUUGCUCUGUGGCGCUCACCACUCACAGUAACCGUUUGGCCCUCGACGUCUUCGAAGAAAAAAGGUCCGAUGAGUCCUCCAGCGAAAACAGCACACCAUACAAUGACUUUGAGCGGAUGUAAUGGCUCUUCGUGGGUUACACGCACAUUUUCAGUGCCCCAGAAGCGUAAAUUUUGCUUAUUUACGUACCCGCUAAGAUUAUUUUUGAUGAAUAAGGAUGGCUUGAGCGUAUGUUAGACGCGAUUGGCGGUCAACAGCUAACAGCUUAUGCACCAUCUGGACUUUGUACGGAAACAUCUUCAAAUCAAAAUUCGCUGUAUACACCGUCGACUGAUACCCAUGUGCGAUGUCGACGAAGCUUCCAUGACAUCCUCGGCAACAGCAGCAAUAAUCUCUGCAGAACGGCUACUCCGGGGUCUGCCACGCCUCGUGUUGUGCCAGUCUCUUUGAGGCGAGCGGAUAAACGUCGCAGUGUUUCACCAGUAAGCGUCGGACGGCCAGGAAUCUGCGAAGAAAUUCACGUUGUGCCAAAGUUAUGGUAUUUAGUGGAAUACGAGUACAACUUUGGGCACACAGACACCGUGACUGUGGCUUAUGAAGACCAUAUUGUCGACCCAAUUUUGUAUCAGCGUAGACCAUUGACUUAACGUACCGCCAAUAAAAGCUGUCAAAACAAAUAAUUUAUCCAACCAAUAGUUCCAUUUCUUCAUAAGAUUUGGUCAUGAAAAGUGCGGCUCAAUAAAGUGAAGAUUAAACCUAUUAUAUGGCUUAUUUCAUUAUUCUAAUAUAACUUUAUAGGACUUUUGCAGGAAAUCAAAAGGUUAGUUCUUUAGUUCCAAAUUAUAUAUUUUAGGACAACAAAGCUUUCAAGCAACAACAACCAGAAAACCAUAGUAGAAAUUAACAAUUAAAAGGUUUGAAAGACGUAUUUUUAUCGGCUGAAAUGAUUACGGUCAAUAUACACAACUUUCGAUUGAUUUUAUUGGAUUUUUUACAGAUUGGGAUCCAUGAAAUUAGGCAUGCACUUUUUAGGGGUUCAUGGUUGACAUAAAUGUAAUACGUAUAUUAUUACGUAUUUAUAGUUUUUGAAGAAUUUGAACUGACUUAAAAUAAUUACAAAUCAAAGAAUACUAAAACGACUCGUUCUACAAGAUAGUUAGACACAAAUCAAUAUCUACAUAUGUAUGUAUAUACCUUAGCAGUUGAAAAGCUUUGUGAAAAUUCGCUCUCCGAACAUUACAUUUAAAGCCUUAUUAACAGCUUUAUUGGCAAUAUGGUGCGCUAUAACUCAAAAAUUUAAUAGUAUCCUUCUUUUACUUCUCUCCGGAUAUGGGCAGUUUUCAACACAUAUUAUUCAGAAAUGUUUUCAGAGCACAUCUUUUACAUUGUUGUUGCUGCAUACCUAAACAUAAGUUGUUAAAAAUAUCAGAUCCACAAGAACACUUGUACAGAAAGGAAAAGAAAAUUUUCGGUUUUCCGAUCAAGCCUAACCUCGUACUAUUUCACAACAAAAUAUCACAGUAACUCAUUUGUUUGCAAAGUAAUCUCAAAAUAUAUUAGUCUAAACCUAUUCUAACUUAAGAAAAAAUUUAAAUUAAAUAAAUUUUCUGUAACUAAUUCUAACCUAACCAAAUAGAUAUGUAUAUGAAAGCAAAUCAAUGUAACAGUUAAUGCUUACAAAUCAUGGCUACCUUUCUUCCAUUCAAGUCUUCAUAACUGCAAAUAAACGUAAGACGUAAAUGCACAUGUACAUACACAUAAAAAAAUAGAGAAUGUAAUUGAUAAGUAGACUAAUUAAUUAUGCGAAACAGAGAAUUUGUAUCAAAGAAGUAUUAUAGCCAUAGCUUACAAGUAGGAAAGUCUUAGCAAAUUUUAUUUUUACAAAUAUGUAGUUCAAAUGUAAAUAUACUUACCAGAAAAACAAAAACACUAGAAUAUUUGUAUGAUUAAAAAUCAUUACUUUAGUAAUAAAAGAGACAUGCUUUGUAAAUAAAUCAAGAAAUAUGUAUUUAAUCCCAAUAAUCAAAUGGCAAUAAAGUGUGUAGACAGUGCAACAUACAUAGAAAUAAAUAAAUAAAUAUAUGUAUCAUAUA